AUGUUGAUUGAUAAUUAAUUUCUACAUAAUCAUAAUCAUGUCCAGAUUAAACAAAAACACUAAGCAUCAAAAACAGAAAGAAUAUCCUUAAGAUUGACUAAUAUGUCCUCUAUUCGGAGUUUUCAUUAAACUGAUCGUUAUCAAUUAGAAUAACUAAUUAAAUAGAGCAUUUAAAAUCCAAAGAACAUAAAUGUAAAUUAUAACAAAUAAUUUAAUAUAGUCUCUCUUGAAUGAAUUUUUAUCUCGAAAAUAAGAAGAAAUCAGAACAAGAGUUUAUUCAUAACCUCAGAUCUAAGCCUGUGAAUGCUCUCCUUAUAAAAAAAUUGUGAAGUAGAAAGCAUCUAGCAGACCUAACAGCAAAGAAAAACGAAUAGAUACAACCCCUAUUUCACCUAAUAGUUCACUUACAUUUAAAAAAUAAGUUACUUUUCAUAUCGAAUCAACAUAUUCAAAAUAAAAGUAAAAAACAAUAUCUAAACUAUCAACUAAUGAUUUGAUUUAAUAUCAUAAGUAAUUGAUUUAAAGAGCUUAAAAAAUGUUACUUUAUGCAUAAUUUAAGCGAUCAAAAUGA